AUGCGCCCCUUCCUGAGCCUGAGCCUGAGCCUGUGCAGGCUGGCUCUGCUGAUGGAGACUGCCAAGCUCAGCCCCAUCAUCCGGGAUGUCUACGCAGCUGCUGGCCAUGUCCAGCAAGCACCGGGCACUGCCUCGGCGCGGAGGGGCAGCAGCUGCAGAGAGCUGAUGGUGAAGCUGAUGGAGGGGCAGUAUGUGCUGUGCCGCUGGACAGAUGGGCUCUAUUACCUUGGGAAGAUCAAAAGGGUGAGUGGCUCCAAGCAGAGCUGCCUUGUAACAUUUGAGGACAAUUCCAAGUACUGGGUCCUCUGGAAGGACAUCCAGCAUGCCGGUGUCCCAGGGGAGGAGCCCAAGUGCAACAUCUGCUUGGGGAAGACAUCAGGCCCCAUGAAUGAAAUCCUCAUCUGCGGGAAGUGCGGGCUGGGUUAUCACCAGCAGUGCCACAUCCCAGUGGCCAGCGGUCACGAGGGCCCUCUGGGGACACCAUGGUUCUGCCGACGCUGCAUAUUUGCCCUGGCUGUGCGGAAAGGGGGUGCCCUGAAGAAGGGAGCCAUCGCCAAGACGCUGCAAGCUGUCAAGAUGGUGCUGUCCUACAACCCUGACCUCCUGGAGUGGGACUCCCCACACCGGACCAACCAGCAGCAGUGUUACUGCUACUGUGGGGGCCCCGGCGAGUGGUACCUGAAGAUGCUGCAGUGCUACCGCUGCCGGCAGUGGUUCCAUGAAGCCUGCACCCAGUGCCUCAGCGACCCCAUGAUGUUUGGAGACCGGUUCUAUAUGUUUUUCUGCUCUGUAUGCAACCAGGGACCAGAAUACAUCAAGCGCCUGCCCUUGAGAUGGGUGGAUGUUGUCCAUCUCGCCCUCUACAACCUGGGUGUACAGAGCAAGAAGAAGUACUUUGACUUUGAGGAGAUCUUGGCCUUUGUGAACCACCACUGGGAUCCGCUGCAGCUUGGAAAGCUGACAGGCACCCCCAUCUCAGAGCGUGGCCCCCACCUUCUCAACGCCCUCAACAGCUAUAAAAGCAGGUUUCUGUGUGGGAAGGAGAUCAAAAAGAAGAAAUGCAUCUUUCGGCUGCGCAUCCGCGUCCCCCCGAACCCCCCCAGCAAGGUGCUGCCAGAGAAAGCUCCUGGCAUGAGCGAGAGCAGCUCCUGCGAGCUGAAGAAGGGUAAAAGCAAGUAUGUCCACAAAGACAGCCUCACCCCCGCUGUGCUUUGCAGCCAGCAGCAGAAGCGGCGAGCGGCGGCGCGGCGCAAAAGGGCCAAGUUCCUGCUGGAGGAUGCCAUUCCCAGUAGUGACUUCACCUCAGCCUGGAGCACCAACCACCACCUGGCCAGCAUCUUUGACUUCACACUGGAUGAAAUCCAGAGUCUGAAAAGUGCCAGCUCAGGACAGACUUUCUUAUCGGACGUGGAUUCCACAGAUGCUGUCAGCACCUCGGGCUCAGCCACCACAAGCCUCUCCUAUGAGUCCAGCCGCAGGACCAUGGGCAGCCGCAAGCGCAAGCUGGCAGUGCCAGCCUACACCUCCGCGGGGGCCAAGAGGAGUGGCAGAGAGGCAGGAGGGUGCCCCGCCAUGGGCACUUCUGAAAGCAGUGAGGUGGCCUGUGGACCUGACCACCCAGACAAUGGCAUCGACAGCCACACCUUUGAGAGCAUCAGCGAGGAUGACUCUUCCCUCUCCCACCUCAAGUCCUCCAUCAGCAGCUACUUCGGGGCAGCGGGCAGGCUGGUCUGUGGUGAGAAGUACCAGGUGCUGGCACGGCGGGUGACGCUGGAGGGCAAGGUGCAGUACCUGGUGGAGUGGGAAGGCACAACCCCCUACUGA